UCUUGACACGGCAUAAUUCGAAGGGGAGUAACCACGGGCACUUCCCGUUACCUUCCAUUCUUCUUCCUUCAACACAUACCUCUGCUCAAUGCAAGAAAAUGAUAGAGGUUCUCCCCUUUCCUUCAUCCUCUGCCAUCUCCUCCAUAAUUCCCGCUUCACUCCACAUCUUCACUCUAUCCAGAGCUUUCUCACCGUACAAGGCUUCCCUCACCACCAUGUCCAUAAACUUGCACCCUCCUGCCUACGCUGACAAUACGCCAUUAUCCAGACCCCCCAAAGCUAGUGACCCCUUUUCACCCACCGGAGCUCUUGAAUACCUGAAAUUUCAACUUUCUGCGCCCACUCAACCUUCACCCACCCCACGUUUAAAGGUUUUGCCUUUCAGAAACGGGAGGCCCUUAGCCUCUUCUUCGACGGCUCACUCCAGAGAUUCCCAGCAAAUUUGGCAUCUGGGUUGGAUCAAUUUGGGUGAUCUCAAGGGGCUUUUGGAAAUUUCUAGUGGACGAUUGAGCGGAGACUCUUUGGUGUACGUAGGCUCGUGUUCAGAAGACGACGUCGUUUACUGGGCAGUUGACGUUUCUUCUGAGAGUGGCUUGUUGGCUGUAUUAGGAAGCAAGAACUUAUGUUUCGUGGACCUGAGAUCGCUCAUGGUUGCCUCCGAUUGGUCGGACUUGCAAGCGAUGGGUAACUUGGCUAUUGCUGGUCGUGCCAGGGCGCUGCUAGAAUGGCAUAAUAUAUCACAAUUUUGUGGACAUUGUGGAGAGAAAACAGUCACUAUAGAAGCUGGGAGGCGGAAGCAAUGUUCAAAGGAAUCGUGCCGACAGAGGAUAUAUCCACGAGUUGACCCGGUGGUCAUUAUGUUAGUCAUUGAUCGAGAGAAUGACAGCAUCCUUUUGGGUCGAAAAUCAAGCUUUGUCCCUAGAAUGUGGAGCUGCUUAGCAGGUUUCAUAGAGCCAGGGGAAAGUUUGGAGGAGGCUGUGAGAAGAGAAACAUGGGAAGAGACAGGUGUUGAAGUGGGAGAUGUUGUGUAUCACAGUUCUCAGCCGUGGCCUGUUGGACCAAGUAGCAUGUCAUGCCAGCUGAUGGUUGGGUUCUUUGCAUAUGCAAAAUCGCUUGACAUAAAUGUGGACAACAAGGAGUUAGAAGAUGCUCAGUGGUACAGUAGAGAAGCUGUUAGAGAAGCAUUGACAGUAGCAGAGUACAAGAAAGCCCAAAGAACUGCAGCAUCAAAGGUAGAACAAAUGUGUAAGGGAGUGGAGAAAAGUCACAGCCUGACUGCAGAUUUUAACGUGGAAAGUGGUGAACUUGCUUCCAUGUUUGUCCCUGGACCCCAUGCAAUAGCCCAUCAUCUGAUUUCCUCUUGGGCCUUCCAAGAUUUACCUACUGGUAUUCCUUGCCGUUGACACCAACCUGCUGGUUCUUCUGUCUCCAAGUUUGUGGAAUUGUCUGAAAUUCGUUUGUGUUAUAUUUCUCUCCUACUUGUUGUACAGAUUUUGCACCUCUUGACUGGGAGAGAUCUAGUCAUAUUUUGCAGUCUGCUUUACUAUUUCCUCACAUAGAGAUUAUUCUAUAGUGGACACGUUCUUACUUUGGUUUCUUGUCUUA